AUGACGUUGCGCAAAGUGGGCUCCGGCCUGGCGCGGCUGCUGGUGCUGGGCGUGACCUUCCACGCGCUGUACGUGCUGAGCAUCUUCGACAUCUACUUCACGUCCCCCGUGGUACCGCACGUCGAGAGCGUGGCCUACACGGACGCGCCGCCGGCCAAGCGCGUGAUCGUCUUCGUAGCCGACGGUUGUAGAGCAGACAAGUUUUUCGAGGCCAAGACGGCACGCGCCGACGCGCGCGCGGGACCACGCGCCUCCUUCCUACGCAACAUCAUCGAGACUCGCGGCAGCUACGGCGUCUCGCACACGCGCGUGCCCACCGAGAGCCGUCCGGGCCACGUGGCGCUCUUCGCCGGCAUGUACGAGGACGUGAGCGCCGUGACCAAGGGCUGGGCUGACAACCCCGUGGACUUCGACUCGGUCUUCAACCAGAGCAGCAGCGCCUUCCUGUUCGGCAGCCCGGACAUCGUGCCGAUGUUUGCUCGCCAUGUGUCACAAGCACUUGAAGAGCACUACUCGCACGAGGAGGAGGACUUCGCCAAGGGAGACUCGUCCGAGUUGGACGUGUGGUUAAAUGAGGAAGGGGUCGUGGUGUUCUGCCAUUAUCUGGGCAUCGACUCCAAUGGACACGCCCAUCGACCCAAUUCCAAGGACUAUUUGAACAAUAUCGCGCUGGUGGACGAGCUGGUGGAGAAGACGUAUCGGAUGGUGGAGGAGUUCUACGGUUAUGACGGACGCACGGCCUACGUGUUCACGGCGGACCAUGGAAUGGGGCUGAAAGGAGCUCAUGGAGACGGAGACCCCGCCAAUACCCGCACGCCGCUGGUUGUGUGGGGAGCGGGCGUGCAGGGACCUACCGAAGUGCAGAAGAGUGAGGAGUUUGAGAUUGAUCUGCCCACGCAGUCGCGCGCGCAGGUCCAAGCGCAGCUUCAAGCCCAGGAGGAGCAGGAACAAGCGGCGGUGGACGAGUGGGGAGCGCUCAACAAGUUGCUGCGCAAGGACGUGAUGCAGGCUGAUGUUGCUCCGUUGAUCAGCGCGUUGCUGGGGUUGCCGUAUCCGCGGAACUCUGUGGGAGUGCUGCCGUUCUCGUACUUGGCAAAGGGGGCGUAUCGAGCGAAUGCUGUACGCUCGAACGCACAGCAACUGUACCUUCAGGCGCUGCGGAAGGAGCAGGAGAAGCGGUCGCGAACUUUGCUGAGAUUUGUGCCGUACGGUCCGUUCCAUGAUCGCGUCCCUGAGCUGUCGAAGCAGCUUGCUGAAGCGUAUGAUACGAGUCUUCGGAGUGACGAAUACUCGGAAGCGUUCGCACGCGUGGAAGAACUAAGUCAGGAACUGAUUGACAUCUGCUUGGCGACUCUGGAAUACUUCCAGAGGUACGACUGGUUCUUCCUGCUCAGCGUUGUUGUCUUGGGCUAUGUUGGAUGGAUGAUUGUCGUCGGAGUAGCCUACAUACACCCAAGAGACUUCAGCUUGAAGUGGCUGCUUGGGGUGGGCGGCAAGCAGUUGGACAUGAAGCUUGUCGUUGCGGUGUUUGCGACCUUCGUGUACCUCGCCCUUGAGGGCUCGCCAGCGACGUACUACUUGUACGUGCUGUUUCCACUGCUGUUUGGAGUAUUCACGUGGAACCAUGCUGGCCUGAUCAAGGUAGCCUGGGCCGGUUCGAGCUCGAGCGAAACAAAAACGAAGUCCAGUUGGAAGCGAUGGGCCGAGAUUGCCCUAAUUUUCGUGUGUCUGGAGCUUGUGGUAUUUGGGUAUGAACGACGCGAGAUUUUCGGUGUGCUGUUCUCGCUUCUAGCGCUUCGCAGUUGGAAGAUAAACUGUCUCCUGAUCUCGGUGUUUCCAUACUUGCCUAGCGAGUAUGGGGAGCACACUGCGCUCAUCUGGACGAACACUUCUUUCAUCCUGAGCGCCUUGCCGCUGGUACUCUCGCUUGUGACGUUGCAUGCGACUAUGCAGUAUUUGGAUGGUGAUCGAACGAAGCCUCCCUUUUUACUCACGGUAGCUAACUGGUUGCUGGCUGGUGCCCCCAUCGUGGUAUUGCUCGCGAGGUUGCACCACACCAGAAGCAGCCUAACCCGUGGUCUUGAAACUGGUGCUGGUCGUCGUGAUCGCCAACUUCUUCAAGCUGAGGUUGAAGGCUAUGUGAAGCGGCUCAUUGAAGUGAUGCUAGCCUUCGCGCCGUCAUUUAUUCUAUUGAGCAUCGCCUACGAGGUGCUGUUCUACGUGGUGCUAUGUGGUGUUCUCGUGAGCUGGUUGUUGCUGGAAGCCGAAGCCUCUCUGGCGUCUUCGUCUUCGAUGUGGCGGGAAGUUCAGCGCGCGUUUGUGUUUUUACUGCUGGUCAACAUCGCCUUCUUCGGCACGGGCAACGUGGCCAGCAUGAGCAGCUUUGAGAUUUCGUCCACCUACCGCUUCGUCACGGUGUUCGCCCCCUUCACGAUGGGCGCGCUGUUGGUGGGCAAGAUCCUCAUUCCGUUCAUGGUGGUGGCGUGCACCUUCCACCUGAUCCUGCUUCUUCCUUCGGCCAUAUCGUCAGCUGACUCACAGAAGCCUCGUUUACCCGCGACCCGCUACUUCCUCCUUGUUGUAGCAAUGUCGGACGUGCUCGCGUUGCAUUUCCUCUUCCUGGUCAAGAACGAAGGCAGCUGGAAGGAGAUUGGCAACUCCAUUUCCAUGUUCGGUAUCGUGAACGCGCAGAUCGUCUUCAUCCCGCUGCUGUUUCUGUUGGCGCGUGCGUUUGUCCGUGACCUGACACCCGCUACCGAAGUUGGUGGCCAACGUCUUCAUGACAAGAAGCACCAAUAG